AGUGUUUUCCGUUUGUUGCAGGUUAAGAUCUGGUUCCAGAACAGAAGAAGCAAAUAUAAGAAGAUGAUGAAGGCUGCACAGCAAGGUGUGUCUCAGCCCAACAAUAACAACAAUGGUGGUCCCCAGCAACAUGGGUUGUUGCCAAGCAACGCCAACAACAAUAAUGCUCCCCACACCCCUGGCACGAUACCAGGUGCCAAUAGCCCUCAACCCCCGGGGGGUGGCAUCAUAGGAGGCGGUGGGUCUUCGUCCGGAAGCCAGCAUAGUCCAGGGGGGUAUCUACCCCACGUAGGCCACCAAAACCAGCCGCAGACACCGACGCCGUCUUCAACCCCCGUGAGCGACAUGUCGCCUCAAGCCCCUCACGGGAUGUCAGGUUCUCCGCCUGUUGUGUCUUGGGAUAUGAAGCCGACAGCGCCGGCACACCAUCCAGCUGCACACCACCCUCAUCACCACACACACCCCGGCUACAUGACCCAGUACUCCUGGUACCAACCAGACGCGAACCAAGGACUUCUAACUGUUUGGCCAGCGGUUUAACGAAGAUGAAAAAAAAAAAAUCGAGAAUAUAUUAUUAUAAUAUAAGUAAUGAGAGACGAACUUCAGUUGUAACGACAUAAAUCAAUUCUUGUUUCUGUGCUUGUGAAAAUACAAAGACAAUCAGAGUCACCUCUUAAAGAGAAAUUUUGUUGAAAGUAAAGUGACAAGAGUUAUGAUUGUGGAAGUUUUAACAAUAAAUUAAUAAAAUGAGCAUCUACAGUUGUCAUUAAUAGUGAUGUUUCCCAUUUUUAUCGUAGAUGUCUCUUUAUUCGUUGGACUUCUGAGUUACCGUCCUUAAUUACAGAUAACGAACACAUGUAUGUGAUGAAGAUUUUAUCCCUGUUUGUAAUAUGGGAGUAGUAAUACGAUUUUAAAUGAACGUUUUUACAAAACGUGUAAUAUAAAUACUGUUGUGUCUGUAAGUAUGUGUGUUUGUGUGUGUGUGUGUGUACCUAUUUGUACAAACUGACAAAAUCACAGUUUUGAUUUCAUCUCAUAGAAUAAACUGUUGUGUGAAGGUAAUAUUUAAAUAAAGAACAGACCAAAAUAAAAUGUUAAAAGCAACUGGAACGGUUUUACCGGAAAAACUGCUGUUUAAACACGACGUGAUACUGCCUACUGGUAUAAAUAAUAAUAUUGUUCUUUUUGGUUUAUGUUCUUUGAAACCGAUCGCAAUAUUGAAAUUUACUGAAGCUGUAGUAAACUUGUCGUUUCCAAAAGUUAGAGCGAAAUGAGUGUUGUGAAGAAUUGGUAUUGUUGCUUCCGGGGGCGGAAUGUGUCAAAUGUGUUAGCCGGGCUGACACAGCUAACACUCAGCCUCUGUUCUGGCUUCACUUCUUACUUUGUACUUUAAAUAAAUUUUUUUUUAAAAAUUUUCAGGCAAAUUCACAAUGUAUUCGUGUGAUCGGUUAAUAAACAGAUACAACUUGGCCCCUGAUAUUACGAUAAAAGUUUGUCUAGUAAGAAACAAUUGUUUUAUUAAGAGGAAGUAAGUAAUAUUUCUAAUUUUACACAGGAAAUGCGUUAACAAAACGAAUAUUUUACGGUAACCUUUAAUUUCUCUUUUAUAACUAAUGUAAAGUAUAGGGAGUUAUAAAAUAAAUAUCAGUGUACGUGUUCCCUUGCUGGGCGGUUGGCAGCACGCCAGAUGAACAAUUCAAAAAAAAAGACGAAUGCAUGUCAUAUGUUAUGUGAACGUUAUGUGUGAACUGAAUGUUAUGCUGUUAAAUAUUUUUUCCUUUGUGUUGUCACAGAUAGAGUUCUAUUUUCCAGUCGAAAUGAAUAAAACGAAACAUAACUGAAAAAAAUACAUUCUAACAUCAGAAAAAUAUAAUUAUACACAAAAUACACAGAUAUUAGUGCGUCAGUAGAAUUAUCUUGCAAAUGUUUCAUUAUUUUCAGUAGAAAUUAAAUUAUUGUCUGUCUCUUUUCUGCCAAGAAAUUAAAAUUUUAGAUAUUUAUCGAGAAGCUAUUUACAAAAUGGACAAGAUAUAAUGAUGAAAUUAUACAAUGAAGUGUAGAGACAAUGUAGCUACAUAACGACUUGAUUGUAAAAUUAUUUAAAUAAGCAUAAUUAAAUUGCAAUACAGUUAUUAGUCGUCAUACGAAUUUUUUAAAGCUCUCCCCGUCUGUUUUCUGCUUCUGAUUGAAAUUUCAUCCUUCAUAUAAGCAUAGGUAUGGCACAUAUCAGUUUUAAAUAGUUCUCUAAAUGAAACAUGGAAGUCAGAAUUAAAAUUCGGAAUACAUUACAAUAUAAUAUAGCAACAUAUCCGCAUAACUGUAUUCCAACGAAACAGGGUAUUAUUAUUUUAAUUCCUUUAAUAUAAUUAUCGAUACACAAAAUGCUUUUCUCAGAUCAUUGCCGCCAAGAAAAGAAAUACGAACAUCAGGACAGAAUUACAAAUUUAGAUAAAUAAAAACCGUUUUUAAAAAUGGGUGCAAAAAAUUAUUUUCUGUAAUGAAUACGUAUUUUAUGUUUCUAUCUCAUUGGCCUGGUAGAAGUAACAAUGUGAUUGUUACUGAUUAUUUUGGUAGUUAAUCGAGUCGAAAGACACAAAAAAAUAAAAUGCUGUUCUUCUCGUUUUCAGUUGUUAUGAAAGUGGUUUCCUUGAAAGUGGUCUUAUUUAUGUACUGUAAAAAAUUAUAUAUAUUAUAAUUAUUAUAUAAAUAUGGGACACUAAAAUAUUUGCAACACGAAGUCUCGGCUAAUCGUCACAAGUUUUUCCAGAAGAUAAUUAUAUUUUGAAGCGCUUUCCUUGUUUUAAUAAAUAAAAUGAUAAGUGUUUUCUUGUAGAGAAGGAUGAACACGAACAUGUACGCAUAAAGUAUUUCUACGAAAUAUAUGUGAGAGGCAACAGUAACGAAAAUGAAGCAUUGAAAACAAGAUAUUAAAAAAAUAAAAUAUAGGUAAUAAUAAUAAGUAUAUUGUAAGUGUCUUUGAAGAAAAAUGUGAAAUAGCUGUAACCUGUAUAUUUGACAAGAGGCAAAAUAUAUUGUGUUUUUUUUUCUUUUAUGUAAAAUACAGCAAAAUUUGUCCGGACGAAACGUA